UGUUGUUAUUUUUAUGAGUGUGAUGUUAUUUAAAUUUUGUCUCACGUUAUUCAGAUAUAUGCUAUUCAUUUGAUAGAUUCACCUGUGUCUGUUGUACAUGGAAUUACAGAGUUUUUUUAUUUAUGAACGAUAAAGUUGUACUCUCCUGCUGUGUUUAGUUUUAUGUAAUUCUGUCUGUUGUCCUCCGCCAGUCAACUGACGAAAUCUACCCAUGUCAGUGAAUAUUUGUCUACUGAUCAUCUGAUGCCACUGUAGAAUCAAAGAAUUAUUGAUUAUCAUGAACGCCCAUGGCAGCUUGGGUCCACCGUUAAAAGUAAUGAUGACAGGUCUGAGUCAGUGUCUAUGGAGGAAACUAGCAAGCAAGAUCAUUCACAGACAUUUCCACACUUCAAACAAAAGAUCUGUUCAUGCGGCCUGUAAACUUUCCACUAGAGGUGUACUUCGUCUCUCAGGAAAAGACACUGCCUCUUUUCUUCAAGGUCUUGUGACCAACGAUGUCCAACAGCUGGUGGAAAAAUCACCGUCAAUUCAGUACAGUAUGAUGCUCAAUGUUCAGGGGCGAGUGUUAUAUGACUUGUUCCUGUGCAAUGUCUCUGAGGGGCCUGACAGCCCCAUGACAGUUCUCGUUGAUGUGGACUCUACUGUGAGAGAUGAGCUGGCAAAGAUAUUUAAAAAAUACAAGCUGAGAAAAAAGGUUGACAUCUCAGAUGUGACUGAUGAGUACACAGUGUGGUCAGAGUUUCAGACAGGGGAGAGCUCAGAAAAGAGCGUUACUCCCUCUUAUCCAAGUGACGCUUUCUGUUUUCACGAUCCUCGGGUCCCUGUCUUUGCCAACAGGAUCCUCACUCAUGGUGACAAUAUUGGAGAACUCAAGACGGUAGAUGAGAAAGAGUACAGAGUUCAUCGCUACCUGUGGGGGAUCCCUGAGGGGGUGAACGACCUGCCUCCGGGCAACUGCUUGCCUCUGGAGAGUAAUUUAGCUUUUAUGAAUGGAGUAAACUUCCAAAAAGGUUGCUACAUUGGCCAAGAACUGACGGCCCGCACGUUCCAUACAGGAGUCACUCGCAAGCGCUUGAUGCCUCUCACAUUAGAUUCAGAUGCCACCAUUGACAGGGAUUCAACAAUUUCGACUGAAAAAGGGAAAAAUGCCGGAAAGUUUCGUAGUAAUGAGGGCACCACUGGUCUUGGCCUGCUGCGAUUGGCUCAUGUCAAGGACACUCUCUCAGUGAUGGGAUCCGACGGUCAGUCAGUGACACUGACAUGUGAGGUACCCAGCUGGUGGCCGGCAAAUGUUGUCACUGCUAGCAGCUCCUGAAAGAUCCUGACACAUCUAGCGCCGUUAGUUUCGCAUGCUUAUUGACUGUUAUCUUCUAGCCACAUAACUGUUUGCUUUCUUAAGAAAAUUUUAACACGUAAAUUAAAAAAAAAUAUCAAGCAUUCUAAUUUAAUCUAAGAGAGAAGACACAAAAGUUAGCUCACAGUACUUUUUUAUAUAUUACGCUGUCUCCUCAGUCUUAUUUAGGACUGCAUAUCGACCUAUGCAGUGGAUACACAACCCCUAUUUCUUCCAGUUCAUUUUAUUAUUUAGUAGAGGUUUUACGGCGAUCGCAACUGCAUAAGGUCAUUUCUUCAAGUUUGAGGGUUAGAGCACAACACUAUUGUUAUGAUAUGAUUCUCAUUUGUUGUGAUCUCUCAAUGUUUUUAUGAGAGUGACUAAUAUCAGUUGAAUUUGUUAUAAAUGAAUGAAACUAUUUUGGAGGAGAGCCUGAAAAUUUUGUUCUAUUUUUUUCUGCCUUCGUCUGUACCUUGUGAUGGUGCAUCAUCAUCCUUUUACGUUUUACCUCUUGACUUGGAGCAGCAUGAUUUUUAAAAAUUCAACAUGGAGGAAGAAUUGAACCGAAAAGAACUGGUUUACUUUUAACUCAGUACAUUGAGCUUUUUAUAUAUGAAGUACCGGUAUUAAACUGUGAAAACAGUGUAAGUUAAUGCGGUCCUGGAAUGAAAGAUUGUAUUUAUUAUAUGCAAACCAUCACGGCGAACAGACCUGCCACAGAGAUGGAGAGCUAUUAUGGCAUCUGUAAAGCUUUGUUUUUCGACUAAUGACAGCCCAACAUACAGGCACUGUCCCAUGAGCUCAAAUUCACAGCGUUUUUACAAUGCAUCGCUGACAAGGCAUGAAACUUAUAUUUUACCGGUAUUCCUAUAUGUCUUUAAACUUGUUCUUUUGCUUUCUUUCCUUGCUUUUCUGCUAUUAUCUUUUAUGAAACCUGAUGAUAUAACUUGUGAAAAGAGGAAAAAUAAAUGCUGUGGGUUGUAGCUAUUCAGAGAAGGAUUUAUUUUCUUUACUUUGCUCCGUGAGGCAAAUACUCAUUCUAAAUUUAUGGAAAGGGAAUGUAUGAUGUUGUAUAUAUGAUCUAUUCAUAAAUAUUUUAUCUGAAUGUGCCCUUCUCUUAAAAUAAAAAGUGGAAAAUUUUAAA